UACACUUCCGGUGUUGCUUCUAGCUGAGGAUUCUGAUGUAACCUUGUAGACAGAAAAUAUAUGAAGAUGUCUCACCGGUAUAUGGCUUUAGGUCUUAGAGGGCAUAUUCAUCUGAGAACGUUGCUGUCAGAACGACAUGUGGAUACUAAUAUCAAAAGAGAAAUAGCACUGCUGUCCAAACUUUUUCGAUCAAGGGAAAUGGAUUCACUGAUACGGCAUUUCAGCUCCACUGUUCCUAGAACAAUGGCAAAGGUCCCAAAGGAUUUUGAAAAAAUUGAAGAGAAAAAUUAAAAAGGAAUCUAAGCCAAUUGAAACAGAAAGGAAGAGUCCCAAGAUAGACAGCAGAGAGGAAAGUAAAGAUUUCAAACAAUUUUCGGAAGAUAUGCAGAAAACAAUUAAAAAUCUCACACUAAGGUUUGAAGAGUAUAAUAAGAAACAAUCCCAACAAUCAGGGAGAUUUUGGAAAAUCAGGGACAAUCUGGAAAGUCGGGUGAUUCUGGAAAAUCUGGGCCUCCACCUCCACUGGGAAUUGCGCCAGGUCUCCUCCUUAUUGGUGGUUUCUGGUUGACUGUUGGAGGAAUCCUGUUAAUGCAGUCUAACAAAGAAAUAACGUUCAAAGAAUUUGUCAACAAUUACCUCACACCUGGAAUGGUGGAAAAGCUUGUGGUACACAACAAAACAAAUGUGGAGGUGCAUCUAAAACCUUCGGUACAACAGACUAGGGGAAAAGUGACAUUCAAAAUAGGAAGUGUGGAUGUUUUUGAAGAUGCUUUGAAUGCUGCUCAAGAGGAAUUACAAAUAAACAAGAAGGACUAUUUAGAUGUGACGUAUAUGCAAAGCACGGAUUUCAGCUCACUAGAAGUUAUCGUAGAUAUUCUCUUCAUUGGUGCACUGUUAAUGUUCAUCAUGUGGGAGGCGAGUAGGUUGUCUGGAAAAGGCCGUGGUGGACCUGGGGGAUUUUUUGGUGUUGGAAAAUCAACAGCCAAGAUCUUUCAGCCAAAUUCAAAUGUUGUAGUCAAGUUCAGUGAUGUAGCAGGGUGUGAAGAGGCCAAAUUAGAAAUCAUGGAAUUUGUAAACUUCCUGAAGAACAAAGAUCAAUAUCUUAAACUUGGUGCCAAAAUCCCCAAGGGAGCCAUGCUGACUGGACCUCCCGGAACAGGGAAAACUCUCCUGGCCAAAGCAACUGCUGGGGAGGCAAGUGUCCCCUUCAUCUCCGUGUCCGGAUCAGAGUUCCUGGAAAUGUUCGUUGGAGUUGGUCCUGCUCGGGUACGAGACAUGUUCAAGGAAGCAAGAGAAAAUGCUCCAUGUAUAUUAUUUAUUGAUGAAAUAGAUGCAGUAGGUAAAAAACGUGGUGGGUCAAGAGUUAUGGGCAACACUGAGCAGGAAAACACUCUUAACCAGUUCCUUGUAGAACUUGAUGGCUUCAGUUCACAAUCUGGUGUGGUUGUCUUGGCUGCCACUAAUCGAAUUGACGUCCUAGAUCCGGCAUUGUUACGAGCAGGGAGAUUUGAUCGUCAGAUCUAUAUACCUUUACCGGAUAUCAAGGGCAGAGCAAACAUUUUCAAGGUUCAUCUUGGAAUCUUAAAAACAGAUCUGGACAAGGAUCAAGUGGCUAAAAAGUUGGCAGCUCUCACUCCAGGCUUUUCUGGUGCUGAUAUUGCCAAUGUGUGUAAUGAAUCGGCUCUCAUUGCUGCUCGAGACCUUAAUGAAGCUGUCCAUGCAUCCCACUUUGAACAAGCCAUUGAGCGGGUAGUGGGAGGCCUGGAGAAGAAAACACAGGUCUUACAACCACAAGAGAAGAAGACAGUGGCUUACCAUGAGGCAGGCCAUGCUAUCGCUGGAUGGUUCUUAGAACACGGUGAUCCUCUGUUGAAGGUGUCCAUUAUCCCUCGGGGUAAAGGUCUAGGAUAUGCCCAAUAUUUACCAAAGGAAAAUUAUCUGAUGACUCAAGAACAGUUGAUAGACAGAAUGUGUACCUUACUUGGGGGAAGAGUUUCAGAGAAAAUCUUCUUUGGCAAAAUUACAUCUGGUGCUCAAGAUGAUUUACAGAAAGUAACCAAAAUGGCAUAUGCUCAAGUUACUGUUUUGGGAAUGAGUGAUAAAAUAGGACAACUUGGCUAUAGACAACAGGAGGGGUCAUUCCAGAAGGCCUAUGGUGAGGAGACUGCUCAAAUCAUUGAUGAAGAGGUUAGGAAUCUUGUGGCCAAGUGUUAUGAUCGAACAAUGGACCUAUUGACAGAGAAAAAGGAUCUCAUAGACAAGGUUGCCAAGGUAUUAUUGGAAAAGGAGAAGAUAGACAAGUCUGACCUUGAGGCUGUUUUGGGUAAGAGGCCAUUCGCAGAAAAGUCAACCUAUGAGGAGUUUGUGGAAGGAACUGGGUCUAUGGAUGAGGACAUUACACUACCAAAGGGACUGGAAAAUUGGAACACACCCCGCGAAACAAAAUUCUCAUCAAAUUCUGACAGACUAUUUUCAUGAUAGUAUUCACAAAACAUGUGAAAUAUAACAAAACAAAUCAAAAGAUCAUAAGGUGCCCUUCACAAGAAGAGUGAUGCUUGAUUACCUCUGCUGAAGAAGUAAUCAUUUCACAAGUCCAAGGCUGGUAGUCAGCCAUCACAGUCAGGCAUUGGGCCCUGGCCACUUAAUAGCUAUGUGACAGGAUCGAUAUCAUAAAUAGUGUAAAAUAACAACACAGAGUGCUAUACAAAUCAUGUCCUUAUUAUAUCAGCCUUAAAGAACUGUUUUCUAUUUCUACUUCUCUAUGGCUAUUUACAUCUGGUCCCAGUUAUAUCAGACCAAUAUGUUUCUUGUCAUAGAGCUUUUCUUUUUGGCUUGGGAGCCUCUCUGAGCCAUACAAUAACUGUGCUUUAUUGAUGGCAAUUGCUUACAUUAAUACUAUGUUUGCGUUACUGUAAGUGAUCCCAUUUUUCUUCAGCUUUUUUAGUGUUCCUCAAUGUAUCUAAAAUUUUUCACUUGUGUUUAGAACCCUAGAACCCGUUUUUUUGAAAAGAAAAAGCGAUGGCAGUAAACAGAACCAUGUUUGGACAUCCAUUUACUAAUCCUUUCCACUUUAUAAAUGAAGAAUUGGGUAUCAUUAACAAAGUUUAUAUCUACUUACUUAUUAGCAACAGUCUUAUUUUGCUUGGUUUGUGAUUUGGAGAGCUAGGGCUUCACCUCCCAUUACUGAUAUACUAACAUAUGAUUGAAAUAGGACAUUAUUGGAUGGCUGUGUGACGAAACACUUAAUAGGUAAACUGAAAUAGGACAUUAUUGGAUGGCUGUGUGACGAAACACUUAAUAGGUAAACUGAAAUAGGACAUUAUUGGAUGGCUGUGUGACGAAACACUUAAUAGGUAAACUGAAAUACGGCAUUAUUGGAUGGCUGUGUGAGGAAACACUUAAUAGGUAAACUGAAAUAGGACAUUAUUGGAUGGCUGUGUGAGGAAACACUUAAUAGGUAAACUGAAAUAGGACAUUAUUGGAUGGCGGCUGUGUGAGGAAACACUUAAUAGGUAAACUGAAAUAGGACAUUAUUGGAUGGCUGUGUGAGGAAACACUUAAUAGAUAAACUGAAUGUCUGGCCAGAUUUAUUUUAUCGUGAGUGUAUGUAUGAUUUAAUGUUUGUGUGACGAGACAUACAUUUACUGUCAACUUAUCAACUAUAUAAAGACAAUGACAUGGUUAUUGCAUAACCUGUAUUUGAGAAUGUGUCAAAGUGAAAGGUGUGUGAUGUAAAUUAAAUGUGUGAAUAAAAGGCAAAUUAAUUAU